UAAUUACAUUUUUGCAUUGGUGAUGAAUUAAGAGGACCUUCGCUACUACUACUCGUAUUGCUGUCCUGAUGUUACACAAGAUGAACACCAGCUUUCUUCGACGUGGUACAAUCAGUACCACAAUCUCUGAGUGUUUGUACUGUAUAGCUGUGCUAUUUCGGAAGUACGGCGCUGUCCGCAUAAGCCUUUGUCAACCGGUGCCCGUGGGAUACUUGCCGGCAACAAUUAUAGCGUCCACGCCACAACCUCGUCAAAAAAUGUUGCCGAGCAAACUCCUUCCGCUUUCCAUGCUACUGGCAUUCGCUGCGCAUGUCGGCGCUGAAAACUGCGAAGAAAUACGCGAAGCAUGCGACACCAUACGCCAUUCCAUACCCGACGACGACAUUCGGGAUUUGCCAUGGCCCGCAACGGAAGCAGAUUACGCUCCGCACCGUGCGUUAUCCGAUAAAUUUUGCAGCACCACCAAUCGAACAGGACAUUGCCUGCGUGAUAUCGUUGCUCGCUGUCCCGAUGACCCUUACAUGCUACAGCGCGGCACCAUCUACAGCCACUACAGCAUCGAAUCGGUGCUGGCCACCGCUAAACUGUGCGAGCACUACGGUGACUCGCUACGAUACCGGCGCGCCAUGACCUACUGUAAAUCGCGCGCCCGGCAAUAUUUCCGCGUGCUGACCGAUGGGACGGAGCAGCGCGCACGCAGCUCAAAGAAAUCCAAUGCCAGGGCCAAUAUGUGCGAGAGCGCAAGGCUAUUUUCCGAGCGGUUAACCGGCACGACGAAGGACAGCCUGGUUGAAGCCUGCGGACAAGAGACGGUGAAUGUCAUGCUGGACGGAACCCGGACGUUGCAUGCUGCGUAUUGCUGAAAAGUGCAAAUACAUAAUUAACUAGUCCGAUGGCUAAUGCUUAACUAACAACUGUGCAAAGUUCGCUGCAAACAUUUUGUUCUCCGAUGCAAGCUUGCAAAUUUUGAGUAACGGCUGAUACACACUCCCGGCAUAGACUUCCGAGAAUUACACGCUACUCUAGGUACAAUAUUACGAGAAGCAGAGCACUCUAGCUACUCGAGAUACAGUAUUUUCGUAUUAAAGCUUAAU